AUGGAAGAAAGUUAUUCAGUUUACUUAUGUCCUCUUUUUGACAAAGACGUCAAUGUGAUGAGAGAUCACUUCAGUCAGCAUGGCUUUACGGAUUUUCAGAAGUUCACAUGUUAUCCAAGUUUUGGUUUCGUUGAUUUCAAGACUUACGAGCAAGCAAAAAACUUUAUCGCUGUAUACAAUGGAAUGACAAUUAAUGGAUUGAAAAUAAGCGCUUCAUUUAGCAAAUCUAGAAAACCAUCAGAUAAGCCACCACGGCCAUCUAGGGAUGAAACAUACUCCCCUCCAAGGAGAGAAUAUAGGGAUAGCGGUCGCGAUUCUGGAUAUGAUAACCGCGACUAUAGAAGAGAUUCCGAAGAAUCUCGUUACAAUGAUAGACGUGAUUGGGACUCAAGUUAUGACCGCAGAUCACCAGAUUAUGGACGUGAUAGCUAUGAUAGAAGAGGAGAUCACAGAGAUAAAUAUUAUUCGAAUAGAGAAACAAAAACAGUUACUGUAAGAGGCAAUCCUCUUACACUUUCAGAGCGCGAUUUAUUCAACGAAUUUUCUAAAAUAGAUUGCUUCAUUAGACAAGUCGAAAUACGUGGUCCGGUGGCUUAUAUCGCUUUUGAUUCAUAUGGCGACUCUCGCGCUGCUGUAAACAAAAUGGAUAACGUUACAAUUAAGGGAUGCCAUAUUCGCGUUGACUAUACAGACGAUAUUCCUCUUAAUUUACCAAAGAUGGGAAUUCCACUUAUCGCUUUAGAAGAAAAGAGAUAUUAA